AUGGUCUUUGCCACUCGAGUUGUCCCUCGCCGGGCUAUUAUCACUCCCACUUCUUUCCAAGCCUACCGACCAUUUUCUACCACCUUGGCAGCCCAGCGAGGCCCUGUUGAAGCGACCAAGGACGUUCUAAAAAAGGCCGACAAAACCGUAUCCGGUGCUGCAGUGAAAGGCAUCGAGACUGGAGAAAAGAUAACGAAAAAGGCCCAAGAGACCAUUGGCGCCAAGGGCAAGGAGGCAGAAGGAAAAGCCAAGGGCAAGGCGUCUGAGGUGGAGGGAAAGGUCAAGGGUAAAGCCGAGGAGCUUCGAAGCGAACAAUGA